GUAAACCUACAGCACCGAACCGAGUUCUCUUGUGUCAUUGUUAAUCUCAUGUUUCAUAUGUUUUCGUUUUUCGCACAAUUUAGGCUUGUUGAGCUUAGUGAUUGAGGACAAAGACGUAUCUAGGGUUAUAUGAAAUAUUAUAAAUCUUAGCCAUUAUUCUAAUCUUAAUUGAGUAAUUUUAGUUUGUGCUCCGAUUUUUUCAACAAUUGGGAACAGGAAAAGUUGACGUAAGCUAAUAAACGUCAGAUGUCUUUUGUUAAUUGUUUUCUUUGAUCCAUCUACUCUUUUGCCAUUUUUUGGAAUACAUGCAAUGACAUAUUUUGGUUUUAAACUGAGAAACUAAUAGGAUGACUUGAUGCACAUUUGUGAGCUUAUGUUGAAAUAAGUCAAGAAAAUGGGUAACUGUCUAAAAGGCUCCUCAGCAGACGACAUAUCGCUCUUGAGGGGAGAUAAUCCUGUUGAUUCAACCUCCACAGACCAGCUUGGACCUCCUCCACCAUACAGGGAAACACUCCCAGUGUAUUACCCUUCCCCGAACAUAAGUCGUCCAGUGACUCAGUUGACUGAAGAGGAACAAGUAAAGAUUGCCAAAAGACUCGGACUCAUUCAACACUUGCCUACUGGAACUUAUGAUGGCUGUAAAAAAAUCAGAGAAUGCGUGAUCUGCAUGGUGGAGCUGGUAGUAGGAGAUUGUGUGCGUUAUCUACCAUGCAUGCACACAUACCACGUCAAGUGCAUCGAUGAUUGGCUCAUGCGGAGUUUCACUUGCCCGUCGUGCAUGGAGCCCGUCGACGCUGCCCUUCUCACCACAUACGAGACCAACUAACUGCACUAGUCACUGAUAAAACAAGCUGUGAUUAUAGAAAUAAGAUAAAUUUAUUGUAAACACGUAAAUACGUUACGCUACGAUGUAGUGGUUUUCAUUUAACCGUUCUGGUGUCGGAAUAAGUAACUAAUGUAUUUUUUAUUUGUGUGAACAAACAUGUAAUAAUGUAAAUAUGAUUAGGAAUGUAAAGUUUAUAAUAUUGGUUCUCGUUAUGUCGGCGUUUGACCAGUAGUUAACGCUAUGGCUCCUUUUGGAAGGCAAAUCUAAAGUGUAAAAUGAUGUCACAGUUUUUAAAAAACUCAACUUUAUUUUAUUUUAAUCCUCUAAUGAGUGAGAUGUACUUUUAUUUUAUAACAAAACAUAUUAUUUUUGCAGUGUUAUUAGAAAGAAGUUAAUUUUUAGUGAGACUAUUUUAAUAUAUCGCCUUUAAAAGGUUAUCAGUUUAUUUGAUCAGUUUUAUAUCUUCUUUGAACUAUGCAGUUUGUUAUUGUUUUAUCCCUAGAAAUACACCUAUUAUACAUGCACUUACGAGGUUCAUCUAGAUUUUGUUCCCUAGGGCUAUAAAGGCUCAUCACAGAACCCUCACUAUAAUUUAGUUUUUCUGUUUUUACCUUGAUGAAAUCAUUAAAAACAAAUGAAAAUUGUUAUGCUUUUUUGUGACUAUUUUAACUAAGGAAAAAAUAAAUUUAAGGCCAUUAAUAAAAUAUAUAUAAUAGUUUGUAAUUUGUUAUAUAAGUUCAGUAAGUCUUUCAUAAUAUUGCCCCCAUUAGAAAUGAUUAUAUUAUCUUGGUUAUCAUCUACCUUGUAGAUAAUUAAAUAAGCCAUCGUGUAUACCUUGAUUAUCAGGGUUUAAGCCAUCGCUAUUGUCAAAACCAGUUGGCCACCUUAAUUCAGCCAGAGAAGCCAUACAUGGUCAUUAUCAAUGUGAUUCCGUCAGCUGGUUAGGUAGAGGUUUUGCAGCAUUGCAAAUGAGCUGCUGACAAUAUCCUGAUUAAAAAAUUUAUAUUUACCAAUUUUGUAUGUAUUAAAUUGACCUACAGUGUUUACAAAUUAACUUUUAACAUGCUGUUAGGAUAGUAAAAAUAAUACAAACUUUCAUUGUAUAGUGUUUUUUUUUCUUAAAUCCAUAAUAAAAUUUUGGAAGGUAGGCUUCCCACAGUCAAGUGGACGGUCAAUUUUUGGUCAUUGAACUGUCAAUACACAUGAAUUUCUGCAACACAGCAUUUUGCUGAUUCAAUGAUUAAUUUACUACACUAAUAACACAUCUUGAAAAUGAAAUGUAAUUGGUUUUGUUAUGUUAGUCACUUAAACUAAAUGGAAUACAUAUAAACAAUAUCUUUUACAUUGAUCAGCUAAAUUCACUUGGAAUAAAUGUAUUAUGGUUUAUUACAAAUAAAAUUGGUGGCAAUCCUUCAGUCAGAAUUUUGUGAGCAAAAGAGCUAGUUCAAUGCUAUUAAGACAGUAAUUAUUCUAGUUAUUAUUAUAGGGGAAACAUCUAGGGUCUGUCAUAAUCAAUGCAAUGAUGGUUACACUCUGUAGAUGUCCUUUUGAGAUUCAAGGCUCGUUUUCCAAUGUUACGAAUUCGGUCGCUGAAUAUGGCUGUUUUUUUUCAUUACAAACUCAAUACACAAGAAUCCCGCAACAGGUGACUGCUUCAAAACCCUCAGACAAGACGCGUUCCUCGACUAUUUUUGACAGUUUGUAAUGCAAAAGUGAAUUGUUCCGGUUCCCAGUUCAGUCAGUUGUAACAGUGACUUUGUGUUUAAUAUUUCAAUCAGUUUAAUAAUAUCAGUUCAGUUAAUUUAUGUUCUGAAGUAUAACAUUCAGUAAGUUAAAUCUCAAACUUAGACCAUCUUAAACUAAUGUUCUUGUCAUCAUGUUAUUUUCUCUUCGUCUGAGGAUGAAAAAUUAAUGAAAAACACAGUCACUAGAAAACUCGCAUGACAUUCACAAUCCCGCAGCCGUAUUCAGCAGCUAUGAAAACCCUCCUUCAGCUGUAGUAUUUGCAAUACGUUGCUCUAGUGAAGAAGAUGUUCACUCACAAUAGUUAUAUUGCCAGUUUUGAGCAGUCUGUGACAACAUAUAGACAGAAAAAAUGGUUUAUCACAGAAAAUAAAGCAAUUAUCUCUCCAUUUUAACUCACCCAAUGCUUAUCAUUUCCACAAAAUCGUUAGUUUAAAAAACAAUUUCUUAGCAGGCAGAACCCUUGAAUUUAUCACAGGUUGUUGAUACUCCUUCAUAUUUUCCUGAUAUAAUAAUUAUAAUAGACUUGGAUCAUUAACUAACAUGUUCCCCCAUGAAAAUGUUUUCUACUUGUAGUCCUAUAAUUAAUGGGAAGUUCAGACUAGGCAUAUAUACUACACUGUAGUAACAUCUUGCUAGUUGCUACUGGAUGAAACAGUAGUUAACAUUUGAUGAGUUUUUAGUUAACUGUCUGUUUUGUUUUUCUUAUCUUUACUACAGUUUGCUGUGGUAUUUUCCUCUACAAUUUCACUAAGUUGGAAGUAGACUCUGUUCUUUAGUUUAAAAUAUUUAAAUGCCUUGCUAAUUAACGGAACCUACCAUAAUUAAAUUUCAUAAAACAAAACUUAAGCUUUAAAAACAUACUUAGGACUUUGAUAUGGACUAACUGGAACUCGUUAUAGACUAAAGGAUCGUAAGAAUAUAGCCAUUAACAACAUGAACUAUUUUUGACUGGUUUGUUACUAUACGCCCCAGUUUAUUUCAGUAUAGUAGGAAUGACUCCGAUCAAACAACCAGAUUUCCAUAAUCACCACUGGUUGGUCACUUCAUCAUAAGCUGAAAUUAUCAAAACCCAAACCAAGCCAUCCAUAUAUACUUUCAUAAAUGCAAUUUCAAUUUAUUUAUUUUUUUAUGUAUCAAAUCAAAUGUAUGAACUAGCAUAUAUUUUUUCCAAAAUACCAAACCUGAUUUUGUAACUAAUUUUUAUCUCAAUUUACAACUAUAAUGUACUGUACUAAAAUUUAAUUUAUAAAGAGUGUAUUAUUAGUUACUAACAAGAAAGCAAAAGCGUUAGUUAUAGAGAAGUGAUAACCAUGACCAGAAUCACCAAGUUUUCUGUAAGAGACAUCACAGAGAAGUAAGGCACAGAGGAUUGCAAGCUUAUGGGACAACCGAGCGCUUUCAGCUCUGGUAUGUUGGAGUGGAAAAAGACUUGACGAGCAAGGAAGAAAGAGAGUCCAACGGCGAGCACUAUGUGGAAAUUCCUAUCGGCAGGUACAGGUCUUCCUCUACCGAGAGCGUUGUAAUACAUGGAUACAACACAUUACAUAUUACAUGGAGAUUAGUUUUAUAGUAGGGUGUCAUUGAUGAUAAAUGCUGGUGUCAUUGCCAUGGACACCAGCACUAGCGCUAUACACCACUUAAGUGUACCAUUGAAUAUUUCCUCUGUAUCUUACUUCUCUGUGGAGGCAUUUAAAAUGUUACAACUUUAUUUUUUUUUUCAUUCUAAGCUAUCAAAUAGCAGAGCUCUAAAGCUACAAAAAAUAUUGUGCCAAAAGCAAUGAACAAGCUACAUAGUGGAGAGUAUUAGAUUGGUUAUGGUGCCCUCCUUAGAACACAGGAACUUUCAUACCCUACCCAUGUGCUCUCAUUCUCUAUCAUUACAAUUGUUUACCUUUCAAAAGUCAAACAACCAAAAUGUUUCUUUUUAAAAUAUCAAUGAAAAGUUUCAUGGAGUUUUACUACAAGUUAUAAUUACAGUCAAAAUUAUUAAUUCAAAUUUCAUACUUAGAGAUUUGGUCUUCCAAAGCUGACAGUUUAAGUUUCCGUUGUAGUGAUUUCCUGUAGAUAAUGUAGGUCAUACUCACACAUAAAUCAUUUUAAAGCAAUAUUCCAUUCAGUGCUGGCCACUAUUAAAUGUGUCAUAAACAACACGAAGCAGCAAGCCUGCUCUAUAGUUAUGUCAUUUUAUGAAUGGAAAAUCUUUGCAAAAUACAAAAAAAGACUCGAGUGUUGUAUUUAUCAUAGGAACACUCUAUCGACUUCCGUGAUUUUUGUACUGUUGAAUUCUAUGGCAGUAUUUGAAUGCUGUAGACAUAUUUUGGUAGAAAAAAAAUCGCUUCAUAGUGGUGGGAUUCAUUGUAUUUUUUAUACGUUUUAGAUUUCAAGCAGGACUAGAAAUAUGUUACACUGUACAAAAUUAUGUACGAAAAUAUAACCUUAUUAAUCCAUGAAAA